CGACCAUUCAAAGCAACCAGAAAUUCUUCCGAUGAUAUUUUAAUAGCAUUAGUGGCGUCCUGUAAAACCAGACAUUCGGAAGCCCGAAACAUCAAAGCUGAGGUUCGAGCAAGACAAAGUCCGUCUUCUUGCGGUGACGGUGAGUUUUGUCACCACUUCCGUCCGCACUUCCACUCGACGGAAAAAGAUUUCAAGAUCUAGCAAUACCAAAUUCGACAGUGAGGUCUUGUCACCUUAUUGUCAGUAAUCACAGUCAUGUCCUCUAGGGCGCUACGUCGAUUACAAAAACAGAAAGAAGAGCAGAAGGCUCAACAAGUGACGUCGGAAAGUGAUUCCGACGCUGGUCAGGCACCGACCAGAUCACAUCAGAGUGCAUUUACUCUUUUGAAUGACAUUGGGGAAAAUAGCAAUGAUGACGAUGGACUCUUUGAAAAUGAGGAAGGAUCUUUUCCCUCAGCAGUUACACCUGAAAGAACGGCCGAACCCAAGAGUCUCCAGCCAAGAAACACAGGUAGCAAAAAGAAAAAGAACAAGAAAAACAAGGCUAAAGCUACCAAGGUCACAAGCUCCAAGAACUCUGCCAAAGAGGACGAUAUAGAUGCUGUGCUCGCGUCCCUUGCCCAACAGAGCCAGAAUGAAGCAGCGACACCUGGUGAACCAAUCUCGAAUCAACUCAACUACGAAAACCUCCUGGCGGUAGACUCGCAGAAUCUACACGCCAUUAAUGAAAUGCGUCGUCUGUUUGGACGGGAUGUAAUAGGCGACCAGCCUCGUCAACAAAAUCCUGCAGCACGCCGUGUCCGCGGACAGCGAGCUCAGCAUUCGACAGGUGGCUUCCCCGCCGUGACUUUGAAGCGAAAUCUUUUCGUACAGGGUAAAGAAGAAUGGCCCAGAGCGACGACCGGCGGCCUUGGUAUGGAGGUUGUACAUAAAGAUCCCGAAUCAGGUGUGACCGAGUACCGCUUUGUGCAUUCAGCGGCGUAUCAGGAGACGCAGAAGCAGUAUGAGAUCGCAGUGGCAUCGAUGGAUCCUCAGAGAUUAAUAAUGCUACUUGAGCACAACCCGUACCACAUUGCUACGUUGCUUCAAGUCUCAGAGAUCAUGAAGCAUGACCGCAUGCACACUGAGGCUGGAGAUAUGCUCGAACGAGCGCUUUUUGCGUUUGGCAGGACAGUGCAUUCUACUUUCACUGCGGCUGUUGCUGCGGGCAAGGCUCGACUUAGCUUCGACAGACCAGAGAACAGAGAAUUCUACCUGGCGUGCUGGAGAUAUAUUCAAGAUCUAAGCAUGCGAAGCACUUGGCGGACCGUCUAUGAGUGGGCAAAAAUGCUCCUCUGCCUGGGACUGCCGGACGAUCCAUACUUCAUUACUUUGGUGAUUGACCAGUAUGCUUUGCGCGCGAAUCAGGCCCAGCACUACCUCGAGCUGUACCGUACAGGUAUAUUUGGGCAGCCGAGUGACUACCAGUGGAGCCUACCAUAUUCGGUAGCAUUGUGUCUAUCACGGUUGUCCAGACAUGAAGAGGCAAAGGCAGCUCUACUGGAGGCUAUGGAACGUGACAGAUAUACUGCACAUCAACUAUUCAAGAUGGUCGAAAUCGAACCCAUACCCCCUUCGCUCUGGCCUCAUCAUGAAGCUCCCGAUCCAAACACAAAGCUAUACAGCACAAUGUACACAAUGCGUGCAAAGGACCUUUGGAACAACACUGAAGCCAAGUCAUUACUCCAGAACGUCGCCAAAGAACUCAGCAAAGUGGGUGCAUCCACUAUGGUUACCCAAGCCCCCAGCCUAACCGUCGAAGCGGCACGACACGUUUAUCUAACCGAGAACGAUGCAUUCAUGCGCUUACUUGCGGACAGCGAAACCUACGACGACAUCCAUCUGGAUCCAGGGGAUCGCCCCACGCAGGACCCGUUUCCACCACUCAGCGAAAUAAGAACUUAUGAUCCAAGACCAAUCGGUGGGCGCCCAGGCAUGUUAGGACCUGGAAUUGAGGCGCUGGGAAGGCUUCCAGACGGUGAGAUUAGACGGGCAUUGCAGGCAUUGGCGGGGAUGAGGAUUCUGGAGCAGGGCGUAAACGAGGAAAGCUGGGAUGAGGAUGAAGGUCGGGAAGCUAGCGACGAAGACGAGGACUUGGCUGCUGGAACUGCAAGAUAGAUUGAGAGCAUGUGAUGAGAAACAGACAUAGUUACGGCGGCUGGGACGCAAGCCAGAAUGGAAGGUAUCUACUGUCACUGUACUUUGUCUAGAUGAAUCUUGGCCGCCGCAAAAUCUAGCGUCAUGG